AGCACGAUGCUUUUUACGGUAAUAAACCGCCUUUACUGCUUAAUGUAUAAAGUGUAUACUAUAUAGUGCACCUUGAGGGUGUUGAUGUUCGCUGUUCCGACGGUAUUAUAUCCAACCUGUGCUCUUCAGAGUGUUGACAUGGUUAUAUCGCCUGCUACUAAGUUUUGUGUAAGACUCUAAACUCCAUCCCGCAUAUUCGUAUGCGUAACGGUGAGCGUCAUGCCGUCACCAGUCUCAAAUGAUUCUGCAUGGAUUAGCAACCAAAACCAAAUACAAAAUGAACUAGUCGUCACAGAAGGCGCAGCGUAUUAUCGCGUCGAACUUUUAUUUUAUCCUUCAUCAGUAUUGUAGGCUCGUUUGCCUCCGGAAGGAUCACCAAGAUGACGGCAAGGUCGAUGUCCAUGCCUAUGGGCGAUAGCCCUACCUCGGAGAAUGUCACUAGCCUUCCUCUUUCUGACCCGCGGUGUAAUAGCGAUGCCUGCGAUGCUUUCGCGGCUGCCCACAAGGCUUCGCAGGCAGCGGUGUCGUACGAUCACCAGUAUGAGUAUGGACACUAUACAACUUGGUAUUACCUAGCGGCGAUUGGCGUUGCUAUGUUCGUCUAUGUCUAUCGUCUGAAUCGGAACCGUAGGGCUCGGCAAGGGGUUCCCGGGUCUGAAAGGUUGAUGCCGACUCGUAAAGUACUCGCUCUCUUCCGCGCGGUUAACUAUCGACACCUCAAAGGCCGCGUGGCAGAUUAUUUCGGAUUCCCUUCCCUCGGGGCGUUUGUCUUCAUUGCCGUGACAUCGUUGUUCCUCCUCCUAAUGACUUUCCUGGUUCACCCUUACUAUCGAGGUCGACGAGGCUAUGGCUCUCCUCCUUUGGCUGUCCGAACUGGGUUAAUGGCGCAGGCUUUGACACCCAUCAUUGUUGCCCUUGCUGGCAAGGUCAACUUUAUCACGAUGCUUACCGGUAUUAGCCAUGAGAAGCUGAAUAUUUUCCACCGUUGGAUAUCGUACAUGUGCUUAUUCUUGAGCAUUGUUCAUACGGUGCCCUUCAUCGUUCAACCCCUGAGAGAGGGUGGACCUGCCGCUCUCCGGAAACAGUACUACAAACCUGGCGGCAUGGAGUAUACAGGAACUCCGCCACUGGGUAUACUUGUAGGCAUUGUCGUGUUAUCCAUCCCAUGGAUUCGCCAUCGGUUCUACAACUUUUUCUACCGACUGCACAUACCCAUGUACAUAGUGUAUCUCGGUCUGCUCUUCUGGCAUUCGAAGCAGGAGAAGGACUCGUGGGUGUAUUUGUACUCGACGCUUGCAAUCUGGCUCGCCUCAUGUUUAGUGCGCCUCUUCUACAAGUGGCAGACAUUCAGCAUCUUCCGAAACUGGUUCCAAGGGUUCCCGGCGAAGCUUGAAGAAUUACCGGGCGGUAUGACGAAGGUGACUGUCCUUGCGCCCCUAGACUUCCAAUGGAGACCUGGUCAGCACUGCUGGGUACGAGUGCCUCACCUAUCGUUGCUACAGAACCAUCCUUUCACGAUCGCAAACUUACCUAAAGUUCAUACUCCGGGAGUGAAAGUAGAUUCAGAAACCCAAAAUAUGAUCUUUUACGUCCGUGCGCAUCAUGGACUGACUCUUGAUUUACUUAAAUCCGUCACAAACCAUGAUGACGCAGAAAAUCGCAGUCGUUCUAUUUCUGUCCAUAUUGAUGGGCCGUAUGGUGGACUUAUUGAGGAUGUACCCGCGUUGUACGAAUCGUUAAUUUUCGUCGCUGGAGGCAGUGGGAUUUCCGCAUGUCUUCCGUGGAUUCAAUAUGCGGCUAGGCGCAUCACUGAAGGUACUUCAGUGACCAAGAGUAUCCGCCUUGUGUGGAUGGUUCGAUACGCCAACCAAAUACAGUGGAUAAUAGAGGAAUUAGAGCCCCUCAUCAGUGCUCAUCCGGAUCUAAUCCAAGUGGACUUUUUCGUGACAGACUCAAGCACAGCGGCGGUGUCAAGCAUAGAAUCCGAUAAAAACUCCGAUAAUGGAGUAAUCGGCAGCAAACCGAGCAAACCGAACGAGAAGAGUACAACGACGGUAAGCCCGAAGCUAGGACAAGUGCAUAACCAACGUCCCUACUUGCCUACUGUGCUUCCUACUCUGAUCACGGCGCAACAGUCGUUUAUUCUCGGUUGCGGACCAGAGAGUUUAAGGACGGAUUUAGCAAAUGCGGCGUCAGCUGCUCAAAAGAAGGUUCUUGCUGGAGAUGCCAAGAUUAUCACGUUGCACACAGAGUCUUUCGGCUGGUAAGUUGAGAGGUACAUAUUAAUCCUAAGCCACGGGUUAGAAAAGAAUGGGAAUAAAAAUGUAAAAAUGAAUGAACGACCUAAAGUACAAAUCCGUAUAGCUGUAAGUAGUACCUAGGUA